CCUAGCGCCCUCGGCCAUGGUGUCUCCUGGUUCCGUGACCAACCGGCUGGGCUCGGUGUUCCCCUUCCUGCUAGUCCUGGUAGAUCUGCAGUACGAAGGUGCAGAAUGUGGAAUAAAUGGAGACGUUGAAAAACAUCUUGAAAUGGGCAAGAAAUUAUUGGCAGCAGGACAACUAGCAGAUGCCUUAUCUCAGUUUCAUGCUGCAGUAGAUGGUGAUCCAGACAACUACAUUGCUUAUUAUCGAAGAGCUACUGUUUACUUAGCCAUGGGCAAAUCUAAAGCAGCAAUUCCUGAUUUAAGUAAAGUGGUUGAGUUGAAGACUGAUUUUACAGCAGCACGAUUACAGAGAGGUCACUUACUACUUAAGCAAGGAAAGCUUGAUGAAGCAGAGGAUGACUUUAAAAAAGUGCUAAAAUCUCAUCCUAGUGAGAAUGAAGAAAAGGAAGCCCAGUCUCAGCUACUAAAAGCUGAUGAAAUGCAGCGCUUACGUUCACAAGCACACUCUGCUUUUGAUCGGGCAGAUUAUCGAGCUGCAAUAACUUUCCUUGAUAGUAUUUUAGAGGUUUGUGUUUGGGAUGCAGAGCUGCGAGAACUUCGGGCCGAAUGCUUUAUAAAGGAAGGGGAGCCAGGGAAAGCUAUUAGUGAUUUAAAAUCUGCUUCCAAAUUGAAGAAUGACAAUACUGAGGCUUUUUAUAAAAUCAGCACAAUAUAUUAUCAGCUGGGAGAUCAUGAACUGUCACUCAGUGAAGUCCGAGAAUGUUUAAAACUUGACCAAGAUCAUAAAAGGUGCUUUGCACACUAUAAGCAAGUAAAGAAACUUAAUAAACUUAUUGAGUCAGCAGAGGAGCUCAUCAGAGAAGGCAGAUACAUAGAUGCCGUUAGCAAAUAUGAAUCUGUAAUGAAAACAGAACCAAAUACACCUGUUUAUACUAUUCGUUCCAAAGAGAGGAUUUGCCAUUGCUUCUCCAAGGAUGAAAAACCUGUUGAAGCCAUUAAAGCAUGUUCAGAAGUUUUACAGUUGGAACCUGCCAAUGUGAAUGCUCUCAAAGAUAGAGCAGAAGCCUAUUUAAUAGAGGAAAUGUAUGAUGAAGCUAUUCAGGAUUAUGAAACUGCACAGGAACACAAUGAAAAUGAUCAACAGAUUCGAGAAGGACUAGAGAAAGCUCAGAGACUCUUGAAACAGUCACAGAAAAGAGAUUAUUACAAAAUCUUGGGAGUAAAAAGAAAUGCUAAAAAACAAGAAAUCAUCAAGGCAUACAGAAAGUUAGCAUUGCAGUGGCACCCAGAUAAUUUUCAGAAUGAAGAAGAAAAGAAAAAAGCAGAGAAAAAAUUUAUCGACAUAGCAGCUGCUAAAGAAGUCCUUUCUGAUCCAGAAAUGAGGAAAAAGUUUGAUGAAGGAGAAGAUCCCUUGGAUGCAGAGAGCCAACAGGGAGGUGGUGGCAACAGUUUCCAUAGAAGCUGGAAUUCAUGGCAAGGCUUUAAUCCCUUCAGCUCAGGCGGACCAUUUCGAUUUAAAUUCCACUUUAAUUAAGACCAACAAUGUUUUUUCUGCUACUGUUCCUCCUCCUCUUAACUUUUUUAAAAUUAGAAAACAAACUUUAUUCCAGUUUCAAGACCCUAAUGAAAUAUUUCAAGUCUUUCUGUUGUCCAUAACCAAAGAAUUGUUUUAAUAGGAAGAAUCUUUUCCUGUUCAUUUUAAGCUCUCUCUUGUUGGCUCGGGGUGGGAUGACGAGUGAUGGUGUGUGGUUCAGUGCCCAUAUGAAGCAGCCAAGUCUGAGGCAAGCUCUCUUGCAUAAGCACUAAUAUAUUUUUUAUAUUUUUCUGCAUUGGAGCAAAUGCAAAUCCUUCCUCCUGUGAAAUCCUUGUGUUGUGUGUCAGUACCUACAUGUGGUGCAUCUGUAUGCAUACAAAAGCCAAAAAAGAAGCUCUUGUUCUCCGAAGACUUGGCC